AAUGAAGUUCGGAAAAGAAUUUGCAGCGCAGAUGGUGCCGGAAUGGCACGAAGCGUACAUGGACUACGCAUACAUGAAAACCCUACUAAAAGAGAUCCACCUCUUCAAGCAGAAGAACCGGCCGGCGGCCGGCGGCGCCGCCCGGUCCGGCAGCCUCCGGCGGAGCCUCACCCUCUACAGAGCCUUCAGCGGGCUCCUGAUUCACAGGACGACUUCUCCGAACAACACCAACAAGCAGUUGCACGACGUUGAGAACCAGGUGAUUCAGGUGAACAACGUCCGUACGGACGGCGGCGACGAGCGGUCGGAGACGAUGUUUCUGAUGACCGGAGACGACGGUGGGGAGUACGAGCUGGUUUACUUCAGGAGAUUGGAUGAUGAGUUCAACAAAGUGGUGAAGUUCUAUAAGCUGAAAGUUGAUGAGGUGAUGCAAGAAGCUGCUGUUCUGAAUAAGCAGAUGGAAGCGCUUAUAGCUUUUCGGAUUAAAGUCGAUAAUCCGAAAGGGUGGGCGAAUAGCGUUGAGGAAACUUCUAAGCUUGCUUCGGAGGUUGAAGCUUCUGUAGCUGCAUUAUACGCCACCACUCCUUCUCUAGCCAUUAGAGCAAGCAGAAGAGUUGAUCACAUGGACGCAAUAGACGAAGACCAUUCGAUCCAUCAAGUGGCGAAGCCAUCGUCCGACGAAUCAUCGUCGGGCGAUGAUGAUCAUAAUAAAUUCAAUAACGGAAUGGAGAUGAAACCCGUGAAUAAUAAUAAUAAAUCGGAGAUUCAAGAAUUUAAGAUGGAUGAAACGAGGUCUUCGAUGAUGAGGCCCGCGCCACUAGAGAUACUUCAACGCGUGAGAUUUAACCCGGGCCAGGAAACUCCUCGAUCCACCAUUAAAGGAUUUCUCAAACUUCCUAACAAAACAGACCUUAAGUUCAGCAAGGAGAAUUUCAAGAAAGCUGAAGAACAGCUCAAAAAGGCUUUCGUCGAGUUUUAUCAGAAGCUCAGGCUUCUCAAAAGCUACAGUUUCCUCAAUACGAUGGCAUUUUCGAAAAUCAUGAAGAAAUACGAUAAGAUCGCGUCAAGAAGUGCGUCGAAAUCUUACAUGAAAAUGGUUGAUAAUUCCUACCUCGGCAGCUCUGAAGAGGUGAGCAAAGUGAUGGAAAGGGUAGAAAGUACAUUCAUUAAGCAUUUCUCGAAUGCAAAUCGGAGUAAAGGGAUGAAUAUCUUAAGGCCGAAAAAGAGAAAGGAAAGGCAUCGAAUAACAUUCUCCGCCGGAUUUCUUGUUGGCUGCACAGUUUCUCUAAUAUUCGCCCUAAUUCUUAUAAUACGCGCACGUCAUAUUCUCGAAGCGGACCACGAAGAAGGGAGAGUACUCUACAUGGAAACCAUGUUUCCUCUUUACAGUUUGUUCGGGUUCAUUGUACUGCACAUGGCGAUGUACGGGGCGAACAUAUUCUUCUGGAGGAAAUACAGAGUGAAUUACGCGUUUAUAUUCGGUUUUAAAGAAGGGACGGAAUUGGGAUAUAGAGAAGUUUUGUUAAUAGGUUUCAGUAUAAGUGUUCUUGCAUUAGCCGGUGUACUUGCUAAUUUAGACAUGGAAAUGGAUCCCGUUACUAAAGACUAUAAAGCCGUUACAGAACUGCUUCCACUCGGAUUAGUAAUGCUCGUGGUUGUGAUUUUGCUCUGCCCUUUAAACAUUGUGUACCGUUCGAGUCGGAAGUUUCUGCUCGUAUGUCUAUUUCAUUGCCUCUUAGCUCCUCUCUAUAAGGUUACACUACCAGACUUCUUCUUAGCAGACCAGCUUACAAGCCAGGUUCAAGCUUUUAGGAGUCUACAAUUCUAUGUAUGCUAUUACGGUUGGGGAGACUACAAAAGGAGGGCAAGUAAUUGCAAAUCGAGCGACGUUUUCAACACUUUCUCUUUCAUUAUUGCUGCUAUACCAUACUCGUGGCGCCUUCUUCAGUGCCUAAGGAGGCUGUACGACGAAAAAGAUGCGAUGCAAGGGUACAACGGUCUGAAAUAUUUCUCGACUAUAGUGGCAGUUAGUACAAGAACAGCGUACACUCUCAACAACGGAAUUGGUUGGAAAAUAGUUGCAUGGAUAGCAUCGAUUAUCGCGGCAGUUACGAGCACGUAUUGGGAUAUUGUUAUCGAUUGGGGUCUUCUCCAAAGAAACUCUAAGAACAAAUGGCUGAGAGAUAAAUUACUCAUCUCUAACAAAAGUGUCUACUAUGGAGCUAUUGUACUGAAUGUGUUAUUGAGGUUAGCAUGGAUGCAGACUGUGAUGAAUAUUACGAUUUUUUCGUUGCAUAGACAGACGAUGGUUGCCCUCGUCGCUUCUCUGGAGAUUAUUCGUCGUGGUGUAUGGAAUUUUUUCAGGCUGGAGAAUGAGCAUCUAAACAAUGUCGGAAAAUACCGUGCUUUUAAAUCAGUGCCGUUGCCGUUUAAUUAUGACGAAGAUGGAGACAAAGAUGAGUAGUAGAAAUAUUAAAGAGGGGGAAAAGGGAUCAAUAAAAUGCUUAUAUAUAUGUAUUGUAGUAACAAUCUUGGAUUGAUUGUUUAUUCAGUUUUUACUAACUGUAACCUGUGAAUAAUCAAUCACAUGUAUGAAACUUCUUUCUGUUAAUUCAUAUACAAAUACUUGAUUGUACAUUCUUUAUGAAUCAAUUAUCUUACGCCACGGAAAAGAUUCUUGAAAAGUAUUAUGUGAAAGAUUCCAAAUUUGUGAUUGUU